UUUCUAGCAUCGCGAGACUCUCUUCUCCCUCCCCCAGUUCCCUGCGCUCCUAACCGUCCGCGCUCGCUGCCAGGUAGCGGCGGGGAUGGAGAGCCGCCGGGGCGGAGGCAAGAACAGGGGUUCCGCCAUUGGACGAGGAAGCGUGAGGGACGGGCCGGCGUGGUGAACAGGGAGAGACCGAGGCGGGAGGCCCCGAGAGAGCGAGGGCAAUGGAGGCCAACAUGCCGAAGCGGAAGGAGCCUGGCAAGUCCUUGCGCAUCAAAGUCAUCUCCAUGGGCAACGCCGAAGUGGGAAAAAGCUGUAUUAUAAAGCGAUACUGUGAGAAAAGAUUUGUGUCUAAAUACCUUGCAACAAUCGGAAUUGACUAUGGAGUCACAAAGGUACAAGUCAGAGACAGAGAAAUCAAAGUUAACAUCUUUGAUAUGGCUGGACAUCCCUUCUUCUAUGAGGUUCGUAAUGAGUUUUACAAGGACACACAGGGUGUGAUACUGGUCUAUGAUGUUGGGCAGAAAGAUUCCUUUGAAGCCCUUGAUGCAUGGCUGGCAGAAAUGAAGCAAGAUCUUGGACCUCAUGGAAACAUGGAAAAUAUUGUGUUUGCGGUGUGUGCCAACAAGAUUGACUGUACCAAGCACCGCUGUGUGGAUGAAAGUGAAGGGCGUCUUUGGGCUGAAAGCAGAGGAUUCCUGUACUUUGAAACUUCUGCUCAAACUGGAGAAGGAAUCAAUGAGAUGUUCCAGACCUUUUAUGUAUCCAUAGUUGAUUUAUGUGAAAAUGGCGGGAAACGUCCCAUCACAAAUAGCAGUGCUAGUUUCACCAAAGAACAAGCAGACACCAUUCGCAGAAUUCGAAAUAGUAAAGAUAGUUGGGACAUGUUGGGAGUCAAACCUGGGGCCUCAAGGGACGAAGUCAAUAAGGCAUAUCGGAAGCUUGCUGUGCUGCUUCACCCUGACAAGUGUGUGGCGCCCGGGAGUGAAGAUGCCUUCAAAGCCGUUGUGAAUGCCCGAACAGCCCUCCUGAAAAACAUCAAGUAGAAAGUAGAAAAAAAGACAAGUGUGGGCCUCGAGUCCAAACAGACUUUCCCUAGAGGUAAAGUAGCCAACAUGGGUUUUCCCUGACAACAUGUGACUGCUCUUUUAACUCAUGUGCUGUCAUUUGUAAGUCAGUAAUCCAGGUGCCUGUUACCAUGUCAUAGACAUUUUGCAGAGAGACGAAGUGAAGAGGACGACCUGGGAUUUUUUUCCCAUGCGUUUGUAAGCUCCGUCAGCGUAGCAUCCCUUAGGCAUUUCGCUCAGGAACGUCCGUGAGGUUUCUGGAAGGAGGACUCUUACUUUUUCUUUACUUUUCUUUCUUUCUUUUUUUUUUUUAAAUUCAUCAUCAGAGAAGAAAACAAAAAUGGAAGAGACAAUAUCAGAAUCCCUGAAGGUGUGGCGUGACCUCACAAGCAGGUUCCUCCUUUUACAGUGAGUUCCUUAGGUGGUAUUUUAAGCAUCAGUCUGUAAUUGAUGAACUCUUGGCAGUCCCCUGAAAGUGAAAAGAGGUGAUAACAGUUCUGAGCUGAGCGGCUCUUUUAUUUGCUCUGUUCCCCUCCUCCAACCACCAGGGGGAGGGACAAGCCAGUCCUGAGAGAGCAAAGGCGGCGGCUGCCACAGGUUCUGAGUACACCCUGGGUCGAGGCCUUUUCUUGGCCGUGGAAAUGGGUGCUGGUAGCUGUAGGGAGCAUGGUCACCUAGAAGUCAGGAAUCAGAGUCCCAGACAGAAGUGCCUGCAGGUCACACUAGGUUGUUCACACCCCCCAGAGGGCACGGCCGGCCUGUCUCGGGCAUGUCUGAUGUCCUAGGAGAGCCCCCAUAGGGGGAUUAUGCCACUUCUUGUUUCUGCAUCAUCUGCCAAAACAGGUGGGAAAGGCAGGGGUGCUUCUCAACAAGCUGGGCCUCCUCUUCACUUCCUCCCCAGUGUUAGUUGCCUCUUUCUUCCCUCUUCUUUUCCUGUCUUGUUUAAUAUCACCACACCUACUAUCAUUUCUCUCUUCUUGAAUCCCUGGCUUCUGGCUGCUGCCCCCUCCAUCCCCCCACGCAGCCUUGACCUGGGCCUGGUGGACCAGAGACAAGUGUGGAUCCUUUGGAUGAUGGACAGAGAGACUGUAAGGCUGUGUGGGAGGAAUCUGUUUCUUCUGCUUGGGUUCCAAAUUUCUGAUUAGUAAUAUUUUUACGCUACAGAUUAUGAAAAUUGAUUUUACAUAGAGAAAUACAUUCUCUUGCCAUAGUGUCUUCCUCAGUAUCCAAGGGAUGGAUGAAGAUCAGGUGUUAGGACCGGCCUUUCUUCCAGAGCUUACAGAACCAGUCUCACUGCGGGGCUCAUGACCCUGUCACUCUCAUGUCACUGCUCGGAUUUUUAGCUGUGACCACCCUGCACUGAUGGCGCUUUAAAGUAUAUAAAACAUUACUAUCUGUGAAUUUUAAACAGCUGUCCCAUACUGAAGUAGCAUUCCCCUUACAACCUGAGAAGAAAAACCACUUUUAUUUAAUUCAAGGCCCUGAAAUCUUCCAGAAUCUUUCUCUUUCCAAAGCAGCUUUCUUUUUGUGUGACUGCACUUGGGCUGCAUUGAGCUUGCUGUUAGGAAACUAAAACAUUGUUUUCUAGCAUGAGUUUUCAAAUUGGUGAUAUUGAAAAUUUUUUUUUUAAUAAAUUGAGAUACGAGAUAUGAUUUCUUGUGGGAUUUUCCUCUGGCCUUUUCAUUUUAACUAACUCCUGGACCUACAGAACUCCAGACCAAAGUUCUUUGGGACCUAAACUUUACUUAAGGCCUUUAUCAUAUGUAAAGUAAUUAAACAUAGAUCUAUUUUUGCAACAGAACUUAGGAGUCAUAUGAAUGAGGAAGGUAUACGGUGAUGUCAGCACAAACUGAUAUGACAGCUCACUGAGUAUGUGGUCCUGUAUAAGAACUCGUGCCAGUUUUCAUUAUUGGCAUUAAGUACUAGAUUCGUCACGUCAUUCACCUCCAUUGUGCAGAUAAGCAGUUAUAGGGGAGAGUUCUUCAAUGCUUCCUUUCAUAUCCUUAUAUUAUGAGUGACUGGUUGAAAUUCAGCCUAAUCUUGAUUCUUAGGUCUUGGGACUCAGUUCCCAACAUCUUGAUUAUUAAUAUGAAGGAUACUACUUUAUUUAUGUAAAGGAAAGACAAGAAGAAAGUUAAGCUUCAGGGUCCUAGAAUUUUUCUGAUUUUCAUCAUCUUUGAGUAGAAUAUCAAGAGAUAAUGAAGCAUGAUCUUCAAUGAAUAGUUUUUUUUGGUUCUAACUUUAUACAAAAUUUUAUAGACCUCUAUGCAUUAGUUUAAAUUCUUGGUGCAAAUAUAUACUUUGUAGUUCAAAAUUAUUAAAAUUCCUCAGCCAGUUAGGAUUUCACAGUACAUCAGUGAGAGUAACAGCCAGCAGAAUAAUUUCAAUGGCUAAAAAAAAAAAUUUGUAGAGACUAUAUAGAGAAUCUUUUGUUUUUCAAAAAAGAAUAAAAAGUUCGAAUAGCUAUUAUUAAAGAAAAGCCGUUUCUUCUGCAUCUGAGUCACCAAGAAUUAGCACUUUUAAAACUUGUUAGAAAUCCCUGGAGGCUUUUGAAAUUAAUCGUCCAACCUACCUAAGAACUUUAAAAGACACCCUCCUUUUGUUCCUCUGUUCUCUUUUCAUGCCUCCUUUUGAAUUUAUAUUCUCAACUGUCAACAUUUCUUUUACUUCAGCAUUGGCAUUUUAUUUCUUCAUAUAAGUACAUGCUUGGUUUUGUUAACUUCGAAGUCCAGACUUGGGCAUGCUAUGCUGCUACAAGAUAAAUUGCUAUAAUUCUGUAGAUUGCACACUGUUCUUUAAGGCUCACAUUUACCUCAGGACACUCACUCUAGUAUGUUCUUUUGCAUUGAAUUCUCAACUGGUAAAUAUUUCUUUAUAUUGAUAAACUAGUACCUAAUUCACUGUUAGAAGUGAGCCAUAGAUAAGGCAGCUAAAUUUCCGAAAGAAAGCCAGGAGCGAGUGAGCAGCCCCUGUAAGCUCUGAAUCCGUGAUGAAGUAGCUGUUCCUCAUUGAACAGUGACAGAGUCUUAAGGGGGAGGGAGGUGUUUCGGUCUCCAGCUGGAAAGGGUGGAGCCGUGUGCCCGUUGCCUUUGACAGGGACAGUGCCCACCCUAAGAGCCCAAUUUCAGUGAGCGCCAGAAGGUCACUCCCUUCUCAUACCACACUCCAUCUAGCUCACUAGGAGUCUGCCAAUGUUUUUGUCCAACUUUUGAAAAGGAAUUUAGCCACAAAAUACAGCUAACCACUUUUCAUUGCAGGUUUUGCAAAGUGAGGAGAGGCUCCUAUUUCUCAUGAUUGGUAUUUAGCACAAUUGUAAGAGACAGUUGAUACGCUGUUUGUGGAUUGGUUUUUCCAUUAAACAUUUCUAGAGAAAGUGAAAGCGUAAACUUGCGGUGUGAAUAAGAGAGUGUGUCUGACAGCAGUGCCCUCUGAGGCCGAGCCAUAAAGGCCGUGUUGGUGAAAUGACUUGCUGGAAAGCCAGCUGGUGUGGGUUAGCUUCCUGCAGCGAUUGCCCGCGGGCUGUCUUCCCUCAGACCUGGAAUGCAGAAUCUCUAAAGAAACCCUUUGCUCUUAUGAGGUAAUUUACAUAUUUGCUUUCUGUUGAAAUAACGAAAAAUGUUAAAUCUAACAGUUAUUUAUGUCUUGUAUAGAGAGUGUCAUAUGUAUUUAAGUUGUGUAUUUUUAUAAAGUAAAGCCAAAUACAAAA